UGUCGUUAGUAAAGUUGUCGGCCAAUAAAAAUAUGGCAUCUUGAAAUAAGUAGCGCGUGCUUCAUUUCAACGAAAGUUUACAGAAUGCAUUAUUAAAAAACGUCAACAUUACAGUUGACUCAUCUAAGUAAUUAUUAGCAUUAAGUGUUUUACAAUUUACCCAAGAAAAUACAACUAAAUAUAUAAAGUUUUUUUUUAAUAUUUACAUUCAAUUAAAGCCAAAUCGAUAUUUACUCUAUAAAUAAAAGUGAAAGUUUAUGAUGACUAGCACAAUGAAUUUAUAAAUUAAAUUUUUAUGAAAAAUCUAAACGAAGAAUUUAGAAUUGUUAUUAGAUAAAUAAAUUUAUAUAAUGAAGAAAUUUAUACUAAAUAUUUUUUUAACAUUUUACUUAAUUGUUUCGGCGUUUUCAACUGAGGAAAAUUCAUCCAAUGAUUUAGAAAGUGUUGUAUUUGCCAACAUUCUGUUCAGACAUGGAGACAGAACACCUGUGGAACCUUAUCCGAAUGACCCUCAUCGCAAUGAAUCGGAAUGGCCUGUACCGUAUGGUCAAUUGACAACUACGGGAAUGCAUCAACAUUUAUUAUUAGGUCAAUGGCUACGAUCACGAUACGACAAGUUGAUACCAGAUCACUAUUCGUUGGAUGAUAUUUAUGUACAAAGCACGGAUGUUGAUCGGACGUUGAUGUCAGCAGAAUCAAACUUAGCUGGUCUGUAUCCACCUAAAGGCAAUCAAAGAUGGGACAAUAUGAGAUGGAUGCCGAUACCAGUGCAUACAAUACCCGAAACAAUGGAUUACGUGCUAGCUGGUAAAAAAAAAUGUCGCCGCUAUGAUGAUGAAAUUCAUAAACUUUUGUCUUCCGAGCUAUUUGUCAAAAUAAAUCGUCAAAAUUCAAAACUGUAUGACUAUUUAAGUCAUCAUGCGGGUAAAAAAAUCAAUUCUGUGACUGAAGUCGAAUACUUUUACAAUACAUUGUAUAUUGAGGAAUUAUACAACAAAACAUUGCCUGACUGGACAAAAGUAGUGUAUCCAGAUAAAUUGCGGCCGAUAGCCGAGUUUAGCUUUAAAGUACAAGCUUACAAUAAAAUAUUGCAGCGACUUAAAAUAGGUUCACUCUUAGGGGAAAUGAUUGAUCACAUGGUAGCGAAAUCCGAAAAUAAAUUAUCCCCUAAUCGUAAACUGUGGAUUUACAGUGGUCAUGAUGAAACAGUUGCUAAUUUAUUGAUGGCGUUAGACUUAUUUUAUCCACAUUGUCCUCCUUAUACAGCAACCAUUCUUAUUGAAUUGAGAACUAAUUUAACUAAUGAAUUUUUCGUAACAGUUUCAUACAAAAAUACCAGUGGAGAACCGACUUUAUUGACGGUACCGGGCUGCAAGCCACUAUGCCCACUUGAAGACUUUAUUAGAUUGACUAAAGAUGUGAUACUAAAUGAUUUUGAGAGAGAAUGUCUGAGCGACUCAACGGAUAAUCAAAAUAUUUCGAUUGAUAAUCAAAACAAUUGCUAUAAUAAUGAUGAUAAUAGCAAUAGCAUAAAUUUUUCGAUGGUUCUUGGAGUAUUAAUAUCGACAAUAAUAAUGAUUAUCAUGAUGAUCGUGCUAAUAUUAUUUUUUUAUUGGCAUUAUAAACGUAAUUACUUCCAGUAUUAUUUACGUCUUUCAACAGAACCACUCUAAAAUUUUUUUUUAUUUUAAGUAAUGAAAAAAAAUUGCAGAACUAAAAUGCUCAAUUAUAAUUUUAUAACUCAUAAUUAUUAUUAUAAUAAAUAUUUUUUUUUGCAUAAUAUUACAGAGCACUUGUCCAGAUAACAGAAAUUAAGUGAUUUUGUAAGGACUCAAGUGUCUGAUAUAGAAUCGAAUCCAUUAUUUUUAUAUUAAUUUAAUUUAAGUAUUUAGACUUUUCAAAAUACGUAACAUUGAGAGGUAUUUGAUAAUAUUACAAUAUUGAAGUAAUAAUCUAUUAGCUUUAAAAAUUUUUGUUAUCAUUGGUGUUAAAAAUUUAUAACAGUUGAUUCGAUAAUUAUUAAUCAUAGUUUUUU